CUUAUACAGAGGAUAUUCAUUAUUUGUUGAAAAAACUGUUCUUUCCCCAUUGAAUUAUCUUAGCACCCCUAUUGAAAAUCAGUUUUUGUAAACAAGCCGUUUUAUUUAUUUAUUUAUUUUUAAAAAUAUCUUUAUUUUUUUUAAUUUAUUUAUAUGUGGUGCUGAGGAUCGAACCCCGUGCCUCACAAGUGCGAGGCAGGCGCUCUGCCUCUGAGCCCCAGCCACAGCCCCAGUGGGUUUAUUUUUGGAUUCUUAGUUCAGUUGUGUUGAUCUAUAUGUCCUAUGCCAGUACCACAUUGUUUUGUUUUUUUUAUACCUUUAUUUUAUUUAUUUAUUUUUAUGUGAUGCUGAGGAUUGAACCCCAGUGCCUUCACACCCAGUGCUGGCAAGUGCUCUACCACAGAGCCACAACCCCAGCCCACCACAUUGUUUUGAUUAUUGUUGCUUGGUUUUGAAAUUAAGGAAGUGUGAGUUCUACUUUAUUGUACUUUUUCAAGAUUGUUUUAGCUACUCUGUGUCUGAUGAGUUUCUAUAAAUUUCAGGAUUAGUUUGUCAAUUUCUUCAAAGAAGUCAGCUGGCAUUUUGAUUAAAUUGAUAUGGGGAAUGUUGACAUCUUAACACUAUUAAGCCUUCCAGUCCAUAAACAUAGGACUUUUGUCAUUUGUUUAGAUCUUCUUUUAUAUUCUUUUAGCAAUACUUUGUAGUUUUCAGGUAUAUAUUUUACAUAUCUGUUAUUAAGUUUAUUCCUAAGUAUUUUGUUCUUUUUGAUGCUAAUUAUGAAUAAAAUUGUUUUCUUAAUUUUCAGGAUGUUUAUUGUCAAGUUUAGUUGCCAAUUUAUUUAUUUAUUUAUUUAUUUAUUUUUUAGCAGGGAUUGAGCCCAGGAACCCUUAACCACUGACCCCUAUCUCCAGUCCUUUUUAUUUUUUAUUUUGAGAUAGGGUCUCAUUAAGUUGCUCAGGACCUUGCUAAGUUUCUGAGGCAGGUUUUGAACUUGUGAUCCCGCUCAGCCUCCUAAGUUUCUGAGAUUAUAGGCAUGUGCCACCGUUCCUGGCAUCAGUUCAAUUUUAUUGUGUGUGAUAAUGGGGAUUGAACCCAGGGAUGCUAUAUUCCUUAGCUAUGUCCACAGCCCUUUCUAAUUUUUAUUUUGAGACGCAGGGUCUCACUAAAUUGCCCUGGCUGGCCCUGAACUUGAGAUCCUUCAGCCUCAGCCUCCUGAGUAGCUUGAAAUAAAAACACUAGUUUAAAAUUUUUAAUUUUUAAAUAAGAAUUUUUAAAAAUUUGUUUUACUUGUUGAUGGAUCUUUAUAUGUGGUACUGAGAUUUGAACCCAGUGCCUCAUACAUGCUAGGCAAGCAUUUUGUCACUGAGCUACAGCCCCAGCUCUUAAAUAGGAAUUCUUUUUUUUUUUUUUUUUAAUAUUUAUUUCUUUUAGUUUUCGGCGGACACAACAUCUUUGUUUGUAUGUGGUGCUGAGGAUCGACCCGGGCCGAACGCAUGCCAGGGGAGCACACUACCGCUUGAGCCACAUCCCCAGCCCAUUAAAUAGGAAUUCUUGAAACUGUUUUCAUGGAUUUACUUCUGAUAUUUCUGGAAAAGAGGAGAUACUAUUUUUAUAGCUAGCUACAAAAUCUAAUACAAAUGUUUGCUUUUCUCAUGUGUAUUUUUACAUAUUAUUUUUCUUUUCUAACUCUGACUAUUCAAUAUUUAGAUUAAUGAACAGGGAAACAUUACCAUUAUAGAAAUAAAGGCACAGUGGAAUUCCAUUUACCUAAUGGUUAGUUUCAUAAUUUAUCAACUUAUGGCCUCUGCCUGCUUGAAUAUUUUGAAGCAAAUUCAGGCAUCAUAUAAUUUUAUCAGUAAAUUAAUGAUGUACUUUCCAAGACACAUUUACUAUCUGUAACUAUUUUCAACUAAAAAAGAAUCUGCUUUAAUUGACUUUAAAUUGUGGGUAGUUUUAUUAAGGUAAGCAGAGUCAAUAACUUGUCUUUUGUUUUGAUACACAGGAGUCCAGAUCUCAUGUAAAAUGGGUGUUUCUCACACUAGAUACUGAACUUUAAGUAAAUAACCUAUUUAGUAAAAUCUAAGCUGCCAUGGAAGAAAUACCAGUAAAAGUUGCUGUAAGAAUUAGACCUCUACUUUGCAAAGAAGUUCUUCAUAAUCAUCAAGUUUGUGUGAGAGUUAUUCCAAAUACCCAGCAAAUUAUCAUUGGGAGAGAUAGAGUCUUUACUUUUGAUUUUGUUUUUGGCAAAAAUUCCACUCAAGAUGAAGUUUAUAAUACUUGUAUAAAGCCCCUAGUAUUAUCACUUAUUGAGGGGUAUAAUGCAACGGUUUUUGCCUAUGGACAAACUGGAUCUGGGAAGACAUACACCAUUGGAGGAGGCCAUGUUGCUUCAGUUGUGGAGGGUCAAAAGGGUAUCAUUCCUCGUGCUAUUGAAGAAAUAUUUCAAAGCAUCUCGGAAAAUCCUAGCAUUAACUUUGUUAUAAAAGUAUCCUACAUAGAAGUAUACAAGGAAGACCUAAGAGAUCUUCUGGAAUUGGAGACAUCCAUGAAAGAUCUUCACAUCCGAGAAGAUGAAAAAGGAAACACAGUGAUUGUUGGGGCCAAGGAAUGCCACGUGGAGAGUGUGGAUGAAGUAAUGAGUCUUCUAGAGAUGGGGAAUGCAGCCAGACAUACAGGUACCACCCAGAUGAAUGAGCACUCCAGUAGAUCACAUGCAAUUUUUACAAUCAGCAUUUGUCAAGUUGAGAAAACUAUGGAGGCAUCAGAAGAUGGAUCAUGGUAUUCCCAUCGGCAUAUUAUCUCAAAGUUCCAUUUUGUAGAUUUGGCUGGAUCGGAAAGAGUAACCAAAACAGGGAAUACUGGUGAACGGUUCAAAGAAUCCAUUCAGAUCAACAGUGGGUUGCUGGCUUUAGGAAAUGUAAUAAGGGCCCUUGGGGACCCACGUAGGAAGAGUUCACAUAUUCCAUACAGGGAUGCUAAAAUUACUCGGCUUUUGAAAGAUUCCCUGGGAGGCAGUGCCAAGACUGUCAUGAUAACGUGUGUCAGUCCAUCUUCCUUGGAUUUUGAUGAGUCCUUAAAUUCUCUGAAAUAUGCCAACAGAGCACGGAAUAUUAGAAACAAACCCACUUUAAACUUUAGCCCUGAAUCAGACCGUAUAGAUGAAAUGGAAUUUGAGAUUAAAUUGCUUCGAGAAGCAUUGCAAAGCCAUCAGAGUAGUAUCAGCCAAACUAGCCAGAUCCCGCGAGAGGGCAAUCCUGAUAAAAACAGGAUCCAUUCUCUUGAGGAGCAAGUAACUCAGUUAAAAGGAGAAUGCCUGGGUUACCAAAAUUGUGUAGAGGAAGCCUUUACCUUCCUGAUGGACUUAAAAGAUGCAGUCAGACUAAACCAAAAGCAGCAACACAAAUUGCAGGACUGGUUUAACAUGACUCAGGAGGUCAGAAAGGCUGUCCUCACCUCAUUUCAAGAAAACCAAGGAAUUGGAAACCUGGAAGGAGGACCACAGCAUAUCACAGUUCUCCAGCUGAAGAGAGAGCUUAAAAAAUAUCAGUGUGCUCUUGCUGCUGAUGAAGUAGUAUUUAAUCAGAAGGAACUGGAGGUGAAGGAACUAAAGGAUCAAGUGCAAAUGAUGGUACAGGAAAACAAAGGACAUGUUGUUUCUUUGAAAGAAGCUCAAAAAGUGAAUAGGUUACAGAAUGAAAAAAUAGUAGAACAGCAGCUUCUUGUGGAUCAACUGAGUGAAGAACUAACAAAACUUAACCUGUCGAUGACUAAAGAAAGUUGUGGAGAUGGGCCUGAUGCCAGGAUCCCUGAAAAAAGACCAUAUACUGUACCAUUUGAUACUCGUUUGGGGCAUUAUAUUUAUAUUCCAUCAAGACAAGAUUCCAGGAAGGUCUAUACAAGCUCUCCUACAUACUCUCUGGAUCAAAUAUUUGCUGGAUUUCGAACACGAAGUGAGAUGCUGUUGGGCCAUAUAGAAGAACAAGAUGAAGUCCUUCACUGCCAAUUUUCUGAUGACAGUGAUGAUGAAGAAUCAGAAGGUCAAGAGAAAUGUAGAGCUAGGUGUAGAAGUCAUCCGUGGAUUAAAAAGCCAAGUUCUGUUUGUUCUCUUGUCGAGUUGAAUGAUACUCAGGAUGAAGCACAAAAGUCAAGUUUGGGAAGUAAAGAUUUAAAGAUUGAAUAUCUCCGGGAGAGUCAAGAGUUGAAUUUGCAAAAAUUAAAGAAAUCAGAACUCAUACUUAAUGAAGCUAAACAAAAAAUGAGAGAACUUACAAUUAACAUCAAGAUGAAGGAAGAUCUGAUUAAAGAAUUAAUAAAAACAGGUAACGAUGCCAAGUCUGUAAGCAAACAGUAUUCUCUGAAAGUAACAAAACUAGAACAUGAAGCAGAACAGGCAAAAGUGGAAUUAAAUGAAACACAAAAGCAGCUACAGGAACUGGAAAACAAAGAUCUUUCUGAUGUUGCUUUGAAGGUAAAGUUACAGAAAGAGUUCCGUAAAAAGAUGGAUGCAGCAAAGCUAAGAGUCCAGAUCUUACAGAAGAAGCAACAGGAUAGUAGGAAAUUAGCAUCACUGUCAAUCCAAAAUGAGAAACGUGCUAAUGAACUAGAACAGAAUAUAGAUCACAUGAAAUAUCAAAAGGUAAAGCUGCAAAAAAGACUUCGAGAAGAAAAUGAAAAAAAGAAGCAGCUGGAUGCAGAAAUUAAGCGGGAUCAACAAAAAAUCAAAGAACUACAGUUAAAAACAGAACAGGAAGAAAGUCUAAAACCGAAAGUUGAGGACUUUGAUGCAUUUCACUUGAAAAGGAGAAAAGGUUCUUUUGGAAGUAUAGACCAACUCCAGAAAUUGGAUGAACAAAAGAAAUGGUUAGAUGAAGAAGUAGAGAAAGUUCUGAACCAACGCCAAGUAUUAGAAGAGCUAGAAGAAGACUUAAAGAAAUGGGAAGCCAUAGUUUCUAAGAAGGAGGCCCUACUACAGGAAAAGAGCCUCCUGGAAAAUAAGAAGUUGAGAUCUAGUCAGGCCUUAAACACAGAUAGUUUGAAAAUAUCAAGUCGCUUGAAUUUGUUGGACCAAGAGUUGUGUGAAAAGAGUAUUCAACUCCAGAGCAGCUCAGCUGAGGAGAAAAUAAGGAUUUCAGAACAAGUUCAAGCCCUCCAGAAAGAAAAGGAUCAGCUCCAGAGUGGAAGAAACAUUGUGGAUGAAAAAGUUAAAAAUGGUAGAGUGCUAUCACCCGACGAAGAACAUGUUCUUUUCCAGCUUGAAGAAGGGAUUGAAGCUUUGGAAGCUGCAAUCGAAUACAAGAAUGAAAGUAUCCGGAGUCACCAGAAUUUGCUUAGAGCAUCACUCCAAAAUCUUUCUCAUAGUGAAGCAAAUGUUUUGGAAAAAUUAACUUGCCUGAAUCCUGUUGAUAUUAGAGCUAUUCUUUUCAGAUAUUUCAAUAAGGUGGUUAAUUUGCGAGAAGCUGAACGAAAACAACAGUUACAGAAUGAAGAAAUUAAAAUGAAGGUUCUGGAACGGGAUAAUAUGGUUCGUGAGUUGGAAUCUGCAUUGGAACAUCUGAAAUUGCAAUGUGACCGGAGACUGACGCUCCAGCAAAAGGAACAUGAGCAAAAGGUGCAACUGCUAUUACGUCAUUUCAAAGAACAAGAUGGAGAAAGCAUUAUAGAAACUUAUAAAACAUAUGAAGAUAAAAUCCAGCAAUUGGAAAAAGAUCUUUAUUUCUAUAAGAAAACCAGCAGGGAUCUUAAGAAGAAACUUAAAGAACUGACACGGGAAGCAUUUCAAUGGCAACUAGCAUUUUCAGAACAUCAUGAUGCUGGAGAUGGAGUCCUGAACCCUGAAGAGGCAGGUGUGAUUUCAGAAGAAUUUAAAUGGGCAUCCAGAACUGAAAGUAUGAAAUUAAGUGCAAGAGAAAGAGAAGUAAACAGUUCUUCAAGCAAUUUAAGAACACAACCAAAUUCCCAAAAACUUUGGGAAGAUGCCCCAGAGUUACCUUCUAUUUUUAGCUCUUUAGCACCGUCUAGUGGGCAACUGUUAAGCAAUGAGGAUAAAACAGAAACAGAUGAAUAUCAGUUUACAAAAUCUCACAGUAGAUCAUCAUCCCAAAUUCAGCCAGUGGGAAAUGUGGAACAGCUUCAUGGUAUCACACCUGUAAAAUUGUGUCGUAAAGAAUUACGUCAGAUUUCUGCCUUGGAACUAUCAUUACGAUGUUCCAGUCUUGGAGUUGGGGUUGGAUCAAUGACUGCUGAUUCCAUUGAAGUGUCUAGGAAACCUAGUGACUUAAAAACUUAGUCAUCUAACGAUAGACAUUUUAAUAUAGUAGAUAUGUAAAAAGAUUCCUUUCUCUAACUUGUUAAAAGUAAAGCUCAAGCUCAUUAGUUCUUCUCCAGAUAAAGGAAGAAUGGGAGGAUUGUAUAUUUUGGGGAGUUUUAAUUUACAUUUCCACAAUAAUUAAAUAAACACAUUUUACAAUACUUGAUAACACUUAAAUAUUCCCACUUACAAAUAUACUUAAAUUUUUUUCAGGCAUAUUUUAUUUGUUUUUUAUUUUCCAGGUAUAUUGGAAGAACAAAACUAAUAAUAGAUUAAAUUAUCCUUCAAAUGUAUGCUAUUAUAUAAUAUAAAAGUGUAUUAUAAACAUGUUAUGAUACAAUAAUCCUUAAUAUAUUAAUAUAAAAAUAUAUUGCUGUUUUUAAAAGAUCCAGAUAAAUAUUUCUUGUGUUAGAGAGGGAGUUACCUGCUGCAUAUGUUUUGGCACAGAUGAAGUUUUUUUUGCCAAAAAUACAGUCUGUAGGCUAAGACAACCUGCCAGGUUUAUGGACUAAAGUUGAUUUUAGUGUCAGAGCCCACAGAAGUUAGGUGAUUAGUCUUGAUUUUUUAAAAACAAUCUCUGUUCUUUUUCUAGAAUUGUUGUCUGUUUAUAGUGUUAUAUUAUUGGUUUGCUAAUAUAAUGAAAUGUAAAUUUUCAUCUUUCUCCUGCCAUGUGCAUUUGACAUGUCUUUUGUUUAUGCUACCAAAAUUGGGAGAAAAGAUAGUUACAUGGAAGAGAGAAACAAUGAUAGAAGAAUACAAAAACAUUUAUUUCAGCACUUUCAGGAAAAGAACAUUGAUUGUGACAUAUCUAGUAACAUGGAGGCUGUUUUGGAAAGCCUGAAAUGUAGUCAAAGGAUCAUUAGCUAAUUAUCUGAUGGGAUUCAGUCUGAGACUUUUCUCUACAACCUACUUCAUCAGGAGUUUCAAACAGGCAGACCAAACAACGUUGGGACUCUAAAUUUGUAAAUGAAAUUUUUGCUGCAU